AACAUAACUAAGGAGCAAAAGUGAAUACAUGGAUAACGCAGAAGAAAAAAGUGCUAAAAGAAAAAGAGCUGGGAAACGCUUUACAGAUUUCGUUUUCCAUGCAAUAGAUAUAAUGGGCGAUUAAUUGUCGCCUUUAUACUCCGGUGAUUGAUGCGGACUAAUACAUGAUUAGCGCGUGCUUGAUUAUCGCCUUGUGCUCCGCCGCCUCCACCGCUUGACGCCUCCGCGGAAUAGUUGUAGACUUGUAGCUUCGUAUGGUACAGGGAAAUGAGCUCGUAGACUUUGAAUGACACGGUCGAUGAAUGAAAAUACACUACGACAUAUAUGAACAGGAAAAGGCUAAUACACGCCAUUUCCGAACGCGUAUGCUCUGCAAAUCAAUCGCCAUUUUCUUGCGGAGUUGACAAGUUUCUGCAGCCCAGAAGACUCGCCAGACGGCCUAAACCACCAAGGUUUCUGGAUAUUAUCAAAGCUUCAAAGCCAAAUGUCACUGGUAAACGGGGGGCCCAUCUUCGCCUCAUUGAGGAAUUUCUUCAAACGGGUAUCGGUCAGCUGGAUUGGCACCGCUCCGGUGAAGAAAAUUCAAUUGCAUUGCUGUCUAGACUUCACAGACAAGGGUUGAGAACUGACCCAAGUGUUCUAUCAAAUGCUUUGAGUUCAUGUGCGUCUGAAAGAGCUGUUAGUGUAGGAAUUCAAAUUCACUGCUUGGUAAUGGUAAAUGGGUUUCUGUCGAAUGUCUAUGUCGGGAGUUCUUUGAUAACACUGUACGCGAAAUGUGGCGGGGCGGGGGAUGCGUACAAGCUGUUUGAAGAAAUGCCUAUGAAGAACGUGGUGUCGUGGACUGCUGUGAUCCAUGGGUUUUCACUAGAGUUUCAGGUGGAUGAAUGUUUGCAGUUGUACAGGGAAAUGAGGAACUCUGCAUUGAUGCCCAAUGAAUUUACGUUCACAAGCUUGCUUAGUUCAUGCACAGGUAGUGGGUGCUUUGGUCAAGCUAGGAGUGUACAUUGCCAAACAAUUUGUAUGGGUUUGGAUUCUCAUUUGCAUGUUGCAAAUGCACUUAUUGCAAUGUACUGUAAAGGUGGGGAGAUUGAGGAUGCUCAUUAUGUAUUUCAAAAAAUGAAUGGUAAAGAUUUGGUUUCAUGGAACACUAUGAUUGCAGGUUAUGCACAUCAUGGGCUUGCAUCAAAAGCUAUUGAACUUUUUGAACAAAUGAAGGAUCAGAAGGUGAAACCUGAUUCCAUUACUUUUCUUGGGAUUUUAUCUGCUUGCCGUCAUGCAGGAUUAGUCAAACACGGUUGGUUUUAUUUCGAUACAAUGGCUUGUUAUGAUGUGAAGCCAGAGCUAGACCAUUUUUCAUGCAUUGUAGAUCUUCUUGGACGAGCAGGGAGGGUAGAAGAGGCUCGUAAUUUGAUCAAGGAGAUGCCCGUGAAACCUAAUGGUAUAAUAUGGGGUUCACUGCUGAUGUCUAGUAGGCUUCAUGGGAAAGUGGAGGUGGGGAUAGAGGCUGCAGAAAAUAGACUCAUGCUUGAACCAUGGUGCACUGCUACACACUUGCAGUUGGCAAAUCUAUAUGCAAGCAUUGGCUUGUGGGAUCAGGCUGCAAGAGUACGAAAAGCGAUGAAAAAUAAGGGGCUUAAGAGUGACCCAGGGUACAGUUGGAUUGAGAUAAGGAAUGAGGUUCAUUAUUUUAAAGUAGAAGACAGAUCACUUGCCCAAUUGAAUGAGAUUGUUCCUAUUAUGGACCUUUUGGCUGAUCAAAUGAGAGAUAUUGGUGAAGAAGAAAUAGAUUGCUCACUUUGAGCUGCAGUGCCUGACAUAAUGGUACACUAUGACAUAGAUAAGGCUGCGAUGGAUUACUCAUCAAAGAAUUGCACUGGACAUAUUUGCUUAAUGUUAAGAGUCCACAUUGACAAUAUAAGAUAGAAUAUAUGGUUUUAUAAAGUCAUGAGUUAGACUAGCUAAUUGAUUGGUUUCAAUCUUUUAGUGUGAUUUGGCCCUUUUAGGAUAUAACAUAGUAUCAGAGCCAGACAAAACUCUGAUGUACACGCAAGGAAAGUGAAAGCGAGUAUUAAUCUAACAUCUCACCCAGAGCCUAAAAUAGAAGGCCCUUAAUGUGGUGCACUUUUUUUGAAGUUUGGAGAUGAUUAACUUGGAUGUACACAGACUGGGCACCAACUCUAUGGUAGACUGGUAGGUGGUUUCUCACUUUCUGGUACUGUACUGUGAGUUGUUGCAGUCCAGAAUGCAAAGAGCAUGAAGCCCUAGACAAAAUUGGAAAUAGUCAAUGGAGAUUGGUUGAGUUCACCCAAAAAGCCAGGUUAGAUUUCUACUACCAGCAAUCUCCUAGUAAAUACAUUGUGCAUCUGUGGCAACCCGAACUAAGUUGGUCAGGUUGUUAGCCUGGUAAUCAUAAGAUUUCAAGUUCGACUUUCACUGGGAGCGACCUGUUUGUUUUCUUGGUUAUGGGGAACUUAGGCUAGUUUUACCUCAGCUCCUUGUGGUCCUUUGUUGAUCAGAGUCACAAGGCAGGAUUUACCUAAUGUACGCCAUCAGGUAGCAGUUGCAGAUUUUCCUCGUCACCCAAAUACAUUGUACAUCUUCUUUAAAACUUACCACACCGGUGUACCAUCCUUAUUUUAUACUGAAGUAGCAUUUCUUCAACAAAUCUCGAAGGGGUAGCCGAGGUGGGUAGAGUAUGAUUCUCGCACUU